AUGGAAUCUAGUAAACAAGCGCAAGUUCUUCGUACUUCAAAAAGCCGCAAUAACCGCGGAAGAACGUCUCGACGAUACUUCGUUGCUGAUGCAAACUACGAAUAUCAACAAGCAGUUGAUGCACAUUUUGAAAAAUUAAAAAAACGUCAAAAAAAUAGGGAUGCUAUUAUGAAAGAAACUAUUGAGCAAGCUGAAUGUGGAAAUUGGCAUAAAUAUCGGAGAGAUAUGAUUACAGCAUCCCAUUUUGGACUAAUUUGCCGUAAAAAACCGCAAACUUCAUGCGCGGGAAUUGUUAAACAAAUUCUUUAUUCACGUUCAUUAGGUAAUGUAGAUAGUGAAAAAGAAGAUAAAGAAAAUGAAAAAAGAAAAAAGAAGAAAAAUACUGAUAAGGAAAUAUCAACCAAAAAAAUUACGAUUAUAAGUAAUGAAAGUAUUAAAAUAGAUUUAUCGAAUCUAUUAAGAAAAAAAAGAAAGAAUGAGAAUUCCAUUGAUAAUCAUCUAUACAAUUUGCCAAAGAAACAAAUGAAAACUGCGGAUUGCAGUAAAGUUAUUACGGAUAAAGUAACUAUCCAAAGAUCAAAUGAUGAUUGUAAAAGAAAAGUUGCUAUUAAUUCUUGGAUUACAAUACCAAAUUCAGAUAAAAUAUUUACGGAUGAAGAAAUAUUAAAAGCGAUUGAAAUAAUUGAUAAUCUGAGAGUUAAUAUAUCUCUUAGUAAUGUAAUAUCAAAUAUUAGUUCAUCCGAUAGCCUUUUGAAUGACGAAAGUAUUGAAUAUUUUCUACAGAUCUUGGAUCAAAACUCUGAUAAUUACACGCAUCCCGUGCUUUAUUAUUCAUAUCCCCAUCUUAUUGUACCAUCUAAAACUAAACGUGACUUACAGAUAAUAGGAGGUAAUCAAAACAGGCAUUGGCGUUGCAUACGAUUCGACGGAACGAAUCUUUUCGUGUAUGAUAGCUUGUCUUUACCACUAUCAACCGAAGACUAUGAUUACAUAAGAAAACGUUUUCCACAGGUAAAACCAAAUAAUAUAACUUUUAUAGAAGUUACCCAUCAAUCUGACACUUACUCUUGUGGAGUAUAUGCUGCUGCUUUUGCAACUACGAUUGCGUUAGGAGAUGAUCCUUGUUUAUAUCAGUACUCUCAAAAUUCUCAAGCAAUGAGAAUGCAUAUGAUUAAAAUCAUAGAACAAAGAAAAUUAAUGCUUUUUCCAACAGAGUAA